AUGCCCUCAAGAGGGAAGACGACACAAGAGCGCCGCCCAUCGACCGAUCACAGUGGAUCUAGGGAUUUCCCUGGAGCAUACCCAGACAGGAAGCCACAACGUCACCAGGGCGAUGCCUUCAAGAAGGGAGCGGCGCCUGAAGCCGCCGCCAUCGCCGGUCUCGGCCAGCUGCCGGCCGGCCAGCAACCGAGACAAGGCGUUAGCCCGGGACUUGUCGCGCCAUCCUGCAUCGUGCCCAAGAUCGGACCACCUUCUUCCACCUUGCCCAGCAACACCCCGCCGCUGCCCGGGGCCGCCGCCCCCGACCCCUGCCAGCACCUAGCCGCUGUACCAAUGCAGCAGCACCACGGCCAAGGCCCUCCGCGCCAGCCAUCCGCGACGCCCAGGCCACCCGCGCCUGGAGCCGGCCUGCAGGGCCCAGAUCCGGCCCGGCCACGCCCCGCCACCCCCAGCGCCGCCGCCCCCGCACGGCGUCGCGCCACCAUCUUCCCCAGCACCGGCCGCCAGCAGCCACGCAAGGCCCGACCAGCCACUGCCCGACCGGCCCAGGCCAAGCCCAGAUCGGGCUCGCCGCGCCGCCGCCAGCAGCCACGCACCAGACCGCCGCAGACACCCUCCACCGCGACCACCGGCUCCGCCGGCCGGUGCGCCGCAACCUCCCGCCACGCCCCGAGCUUCAUCCCGCCGCCGCAGCUUCCCCAAACUGCGAGCGAGCCCCUCCGCCGGCCGGAGAAAACAGGUCCUGCCGCCGCCGGCUCCGCGCGGGCUUUGCCCGGCGGAGACCACCGGCGACGGCAGGGAAGGAGCUGGUGGAGGGAGAGGGAUUGUUGGUAA